ACGUGAGUGUCUCCAAGAUGUGGACGAUCUGACGCAAACAUCGAGCAGUAUUUUUCCAAUUACUCCUUUUAAACUCUAUCAAACAUCGAAUUCAGCAAGAACAAGAACAUUAUAUUUUUCCACAAGAUCAAGAACAAGAACAAGAGCAAGAACAAGAACAAGAAACAAGAACAUGAUUUUCCUUACAAAGAACAAGAGAAAGAGCAUGAUAGUCAUUCUGGUUGUAUUCUUACUUUCACAGAGUGAAGGAAGCAAUAUUCAAUCAACUUUUAUUUCUAAAGAAAUAAGUUCCGACCUUUGGAAGAGUAAGAUUAUCAAAACUUAUCAACCUUGCCACUCGGAGAUACAGUGCGCUGGUCUUGUGAAGUCUUCAAUAGACAUGUCUGCUUGCUUCUACAAUGCUGAGGAAGGUAUCUGUGAGCUGGCAAAUAUAUUUGAUGAGGAAAUAGUUGAUCAGCCCAAUCCAGUUAAGGUGAAAUUCCGUGUGUAUGUACAGGAGAACCAGGAGCAAGUAACUAAGCCUUGCCCAUCCACCCAUCCAUACCUAUUCCUGGAUGAGAAGGCAUGCUGCGAGAGGAAUCUAGAAGCAGGGUUUAUGAACAAGACCACAGGAACUAGAGGACUACUUCUUAAUAACAGCAAAACUUGCGGAUUUACUUUUAAAUAUUGUCCAGCCGGUUGGAUUUGUACCUCUAGUUCAACCUUACCUAACCAGCUGCAGAUUCCAGGAGUGGGUAUUGGUACCUCUGUAAAAACAUUUGUGCUCAUUGACGGACUGACUUUGGAAGUUUGCCAAAAUAGAUGUGAAAUGAAUGCUGAUUGUCAGGCUUGGGUUCACAACGAACAACUGAAAUUAUGCCAUCUAAAGAAAGGAACUGAUGCUGAGAUGGUGAUAGAUAGAGAAGACCCCAAGUUUACUGCUGGAUUCAAAUCUACAUUUAUCAACCUUCCUCUGGAAUAAAUUAGAAGAAAAACAUUUGAAGGGAUUGUCAUGUAGUGUAGAUGUUAUUUCAAGUUACCAUCCAUUUACAGGGACAUGUCAAAAUAGCUUGCGGAUUUCAAGAGCUGACAUAAAAUAUUCUUUUUAAAUAGUGUUCUCUGAUUUUUAAUGAUUUUAUUUGAAUCUUACUACUUCUACAAUUCUAUAAUUCAAGUGCAUUCAAAUAGCAAUAAAAAAAUUCAUCUUUAAUCUUUAAAAGGGCUGUAAGUUUUAGUGACAUUAAAUAGAGGCAUGCCCAAUUCACAUUUGUCUCAACAAAAAAAUUACAUUACAUUAAUGUUGUCUUCAUUCCACAGUUUAAUGGGGAUCACUGUU